AUGGGUAAUAAUAUCAACAAAUAUUCUAUAGGCAACGGAACACAUAGUACUGUCAUAGAGAACACUGACUUAUGGAAACCACAGUGCGUGUGUUUUUCUUCUGAUGGAGAUCUACUGAUUGGUAUUAUGAUGUAUGAUAGUAUUAAAAAUAUACAUUCAGAUGCUAGGGUACUUCGGUACGACAGUACCGGAAAAGAAACUCAGGUCAUUGAACACGAUAACACGGGUCAAAAAUUGUAUUGUCAUCCUUUAUAUAUCACAGAAAAUCAUAAUGGGGAUGUUAUUGUUUCUGACUUGAAAAAUUGUGUAGUGGUGACAGAUUGUGAAGGAUGGCGUCGCUUCUCGUACAAAGGACCUCCUUCAGGAUCACGACUAUCAUCACGAGGAGUAUGUGUGGACGCGCUGUCACAGAUCCUGGUAUGUGAUUGUGGAAGCAACACCAUUCAGAUCAUUAGUAAAGACGGUCACUUCUUAUCGAUGUUCUCAAUUAUAAACAACAUGUUUGUAUCCGGGGGUCUGGAAUAUGAUAAAAAGAAUCACCUUCUCUUGGUUGGAACAACAGAUUAUAACAGCGUAGUUUGUGUAUACAGAUACAUACAGAGAAAGGACUAUUUUACUGACGAUUUUUCAUAA